UAGUCUCUUGUGAGAAGAAGAAAAAAUGUAGAGUUGUUUGGAUAUUGACUUUAAAAGGAAGCCGUUUCACUCCAAAUUCAUCUUCGAUUGAUUUGAUUAAAGGCGUUUAUGUGGAAUUGAAAGCAGAAAAUGUUCGCUGGGAGAAACAACGACAACGGCUUUUGGCCAUGCACUGGAUUACAAAGCAAAACACUGGUUAUUCCAGAACUGAAAGCGCAUAACCAGUUUGCGGUGGACUCUCUCCAGGGCUCUGUACCGUGCUCACCUUCCGACGAAACGGGGGAUUAUCCCCCCACCGCGCUUGACAUGGACACGCGGGAGAUUAUUGACACUUUCUUAAAAAUUUUUACAGGACUCCCUCAUUCUAAAAGUGGACGAAACCAAGUACUGUCAACAAUGAAGCGGGUUGUGGACAGUCUCGCGGUGAAGCACGAGCUCGCUUACAAAGGUAUGAUUGCACGGCUAAAUCUGGAGCAGAAAGGAGAAGAUGUGAGUUUCAUCAAGCAAGUGGCAACAGAGCUCUUUAGCGAUGGCACCACAAACUGGGGUCGUAUUGCCAGUCUGCUAACAUUUGGGGCAAUGCUGUGCAAGUACCAGAAUGACAGAGGACAUAGCAAGUAUGUGAGGUUGGUAGGGGAGGAGAUUUCGUCUUAUCUACUCACAGAGCAGUGGGACUGGAUACUCAGAAACAAAGCAUGGGAUGGCUUUGUGGAAUUUUUUCACGUCCCGGAUACAGAGGCAGCUGUGAGGAACACACUUCUAACAAUUGGUGGUGUGGCUACAUUAAGUGCAGCACUUGCCUAUUGGAUACGGUGAAUCCACAUGGACUUUCCAAAAACAAAACAAACAAUGGAUUCAGAACUUUAAAUCUAUUUUUGUAUUGUUUUUUUUGAGAAUUCAUUUUCACAAUUUUUUUGUUUUCAACAUGCUCAGUGUAUUUAAAAAUUUUGUUCAAACAUAUACGUUAAAUGCUAUUUUUGUAUUAAAAAGUACAAUUUUAAAAUAAUUUCCAGCCUUCUACGGAGUAACCCUUUCAACGCCAGUUUUUUUUUGUGUGCAGUUUACAUAUCACAAUCACAUUUGAUAUUGUAAAUACACAUCCACCAGUGUUCUUUAAAAAUAAUGGGAAAUUUGAUUAAAACUAAAAUUAUCUGUUGCACCCACACUAUAAGUGCAUUUGUCAACCCCUUUUCAUAUGAAUACUAGAAUUAUUUUUAAGCAAUGUAUUGCACGGAUAACUUCAGCUGCUGGCUUUAUCUGAGGAAUGAGCUUUAAAGCUUUUAUCUAAAAGCUAAUGGUGGUUCUGUUUUGAGUGCUAUUUGAUAGCACUGUGAUAGCAGUUAACCACACAAGGCUGCUUAAACUUUUGUCUGACUGAUUGAAAUAUUUAGGGAAGUUUGAGAACAAAUCUCUCUGAGCUUUCUCUGUGAAUUUACUGUUCUCUAAACUGCCAAUUAAACUCAUAAGCUAAUAA